CACCGGAGGAGGAGCCACAGCCGGGCGGGUUUCCCUUUCCAGGAAAGCGGAGCAGGAUCCGGUUCACGUUUGCCCCAAAUCCGCUUUUGACCCAAGGCAGGAACAAGGCUAGCAGGCCUGACCAGCUUCCCAGUCUUUCUUGGUGGGAAGGCAGUGAGGAAAACAGAAAUACAAAACAGCCCGGACACGUUUUAGCCCCCUCAGGUCCCCUCUGCAUCACUUUUCCUAUUGCUCAGCCUUCUCCACCCCCACCAUGUUUCUCAUGGCAACACUUGGCACGUUAUUUUUCUUGGGAGUCUUGCCGUCUGCAGCCAGAGAGCAUCAGGGCCACAUUUCUGUGGUCCUGCUAGGUGCCACGGGAGACCUAGCCAAGAAGUACCUGUGGCAGGGCUUCUUCCAGCUCUACCUGGAUGAGGUGAGCAAUGGACACACCUUCACGUUCUACGGAGGUGCCCAAGCAGAGCUCGAGCGAGGCCAGAAACUGAUGUUCGAUCGGCUGAAGAGACUGACCUGUCCAUCAGAUGUGUCUCCGGACCGGUGCGCCAUGUUGAAGGACCAGUUUCUCAGGCUGACUCAGUAUCGCCAGCUGAAGACAGCGGAGGACUAUGCCACCCUGAGCCAAGACAUUGCUACUAUGCUCAGUCAGGAAGACCUGGAAGAAGCAGGCCGGAUUUUCUACCUCUCCGUGCCCCCUUUUGCCUAUGCGGAGAUUGCCCGCCACAUCAACAGCAGCUGCAGGCCACGCCCCGGGGCCUGGCUGCGUGUCGUUUUGGAAAAACCAUUUGGCCACAAUCUGAAGUCUGCUCAGCAGUUGGCGGAUGAGCUGAAGACGGUUUUCCGGGAAGAGGAGAUGUACCGGGUGGACCACUACCUCGGCAAACAGGCUGUGACCCACAUCUUACCCUUCCGAGACCAGAAUCGACAGUAUUUGGAUCCGAUCUGGAAUAGGCAUCACAUUGAGAGGGUGGAAAUUGUCUUGAAGGAGACAGUAGAUGUAAAAAAUCGUACCGGCUUUUACGAAGAAUAUGGGGUCAUUCGUGACAUCCACCAAAACCACCUCACCGAGGCCUUGAUGUUUCUCACCAUGGAGCUUCCGGCAAAUGUCAGCAGCUCCCAAGAUGUUUUGCAGAGCAAGCUGCGGACUUUCCGGUCGCUGCAAGACUUGGAGAAAAGCAAGGUUGUGAUUGGCCAGUACGAGGAAUACAACAACCAUGUGAGGGAGGAGCUACAGAAAGGACCAGACUAUUUUAGCCGAACACCCACUUUUGCUGGGGUGCUGAUUCAUCUGGACAGCCUGCGCUGGGAAGGGGUCCCCUUCAUCCUCACCUCGGGAAAAGUCCUGGACGAACGAGUCGGCUACGCCCGUGUCCUGUUCAAGAACCAGGCUUUUUGUACCCAGAACGAAACCGCAUGGGACAGCGAGAGCAGCCAGUGCAAACGCAAGCAGAUCGUUUUCUACAUCGGCCACGGGGAGCUGAAUUCUCCCGCUGUCCUGGUGAGCCGCAACCUCUUUAAGCCUGUCAUGCCAGGAGGCAGCUGGAAGGAAGUCUCAGAUCGCCCGUGGCUGCGUCUCUUUGGACAGCCCAUCUCUGAUUAUUAUACGUAUGUCCCCGUCAAGGAAAGAGAGCCUUACGCGAUCCUCAUCUCUAGGAUCUACCACGGCAAAAAGGACUCCUUCAUCACCACGGAGAAUCUGCUGGCUUCCUGGGAAUUUUGGAGCCCGUUGCUGGACAGUUUAGCUGGAGAAGCCCCUCGUUUGUACCCAGGGGGCUCACAAAACAAACACCUCUUGGAUUUUGAGAUGGCAGGCAGAGAGGUGUCCUUUGUGGCGAAAGAGGCGCUGGAGGUGAUGCACGCAAAGGAUGAGCAAGCACCGGGCCAGUACAAGACCCUCCAGUCCAGAUUCCGGCAAAACCAGCUGGUGACUGAUUGGGCAGAAGGACUGAUCGGCCGCCUGGCGUCUGAUGUGGAAGCAGCCGCCGCCGGUGCUGUGGAGAAGUCCGGCCAGUUCCACUUGGCGCUUUCUGGCGGAUCGAGCCCUCUAGCUCUGUUCAGACAGCUGGCUGCGCAUCACUACGGUUUCCCCUGGAAGCACACGCACUUGUGGCUGGUGGACGAGCGUUGCGUCCCCCUGACUGACCCGGAAUCCAAUUUCAGGAACCUGCAUGACCACCUUAUCCAGCAGGUCCGGGUCCCCUACUACAACAUCCACCCCAUGCCGGUCCACCUCAACCGGAGGCUCUGCGUGGAGGAUGACAAAGGGCCAGAACUGUACGCCAAUGAGAUUGCAGCCCUGGUGGCAAAUGGCAGUUUUGACCUGGUUCUCCUCGGGGUGGGCAUGGACGGGCACACGGCCUCGCUCUUCCCAAACUCCCUCGUGGGCCUCGAAGGGAGCCCAGACGUGGUGUUCGCAGAGAGCCCUGCCAAACCUCACCAGCGCAUGACCUUCAGCUUGCCCCUCAUCAACAAGGCCAAGCAAGUGUCCGUGCUGGUAAUGGGGAAGAGAAAACACGAUAUCGUGACCCUGGUCAGCAGGGUGGGACACCAGCCCCAGAAAUGGCCCAUUUCUGGAGUCAACCCCAGUUCCGGCCACAUAGCGUGGUACGUGGACUAUGAAGCUUUAUUCGGAUGAUCCACAGAAAUCUCUUCCUCCUCCUCCUCGGUCAUUCGGGAUCUCUUAUGGUUAGAACAGCUGCUUUUAUACAGUCCUGGGGAGAGAAUCUGUUUUGGGGGAGAGUCAGAAAUCUGCUGCCUAUUUGUGACAGAAGCAUGGGGAUUCUUUUAGUGGAUCAGACCAAACUCUGUCUUUUUAAGUGUUCUGCUUCUUGGAGGAUCCACCAGAUCUUCCACUCCACACACCCCACCCUCCAAUCUGGAACAUCCACAAGGUGACAACGCCUUUCUCUCUAGUCGGAUUCUCCUCAGCCUUUAUAAUUCUGAAUUCUACUAUCUUUGCACAUGGAGGUUCCACUUAGCAACCAUUGCUAGACCUAUGCUUUCCUGCAAGUUUGUCUGAUUUGUCUGUUGAAGUCAUCAUCAGUGGUCCUCCAGGGUCAUAUCUUGUGGCAGUGAGUUCCAACAGACAAUGGAUGUGAAUAUGAGAGGCAUUUUUCUAAUGCCUCCUUCUGCCAUGGUCAGAUGACUUAACCAUCGCAGGCCUCUGUUGUUUCUCUCUUCUAUAGAGAAGGGGAAUAUUUAUAUAAGACCUACCUCGCAGGAGUAGCCCAGAACCUUUUCAGGAGAUUGGACUCAGCUUCAGGGUUCAGUGAGGAAAGGUUGUAGAAUUUGUAGAGAAUUUAGCCCUUGGUCUUGGACUGGGGUUGCAUGGACUGGGGCGGGGAGAAAACUCCAAAGCUAAAAAUUAUGCAAAAAUUCAAAUUGGUGCACUGAUUUGUAGAACUUACUGGCUUCUGCUGAUUAUCUCUGCCUUGGGACUUCUAAAGUCCCUCUUGACAUUACUCCUUCCCCAAGAAGGGUAUUCCUCAAUGUGUAUAUGUGUGUGUGUGUGUGUGUGUGCGUGCUGUCAAAGCACAGCAGGCUUUGUGUGCAAGAGCGGGGAAUCAAACCCAGUUCUCCAGAUUGGAGUCUACCAUUCUUAUCCACUACCCCGUGCUUGUUCUCGUGUUAAAACAAUAGCCGUCCUACAUUCUUGCAGUGCCCUCUCUUGGUACAUGUACUUUGGAGUCUAGGACAUGGAGUAAUGGAUUCAAGAUGCAGGAAAAGAGAUUCCACCUAAACAUUAGGAAAAACUUCCUGACCGUCAGGGCUGUUCGACAGUGGAAUUCAUUGCCUCGGAGGGUGGUGGAGUCUCCUUCUUUGGAAGGUUUUUAAACGGAGGUUGGGUGAACAUAUGUCACGAGUGCUGAGAUUGUGUGUUCCUGCAUUGCAGGGGGUUGGACUUGAUGGCCCUUGGGGUCUCUUCUAUGGAGAGAAUCCUUCUGAGUUCAGUGAGACUUGCAACUGAGAAAAGGAGCAAAAUGAGCUGGUGCAGACUUAACCUUGCCCUGAGCCUACUUGUUUCAGUCUACUGGAUCAGGGUGGUACCUGCCCUUUAGUAGGGUCAAAGUCAGUUUCUCACAUUGGGUCUUUUGCGAGUAAGAAAGAGAGAGACUAGAUCUUACCACUAGGUGGUGCUAAUACUUAGGGCUGAGACUAGCCUUGGCACCACUCGUCUAUAAUUCUAUCAUUCUGUUAUAAUUCUAUUCCAUUCUGAUGUUGUCAUUCUGUUCCGUUAUCAUUCUGUUCUCUAGUUCUGUUAUUCCGUUGUGCUUUCUUGUUGUGCAAAAGGCUUCCGAGAAGUUGAGGCUUUCCACAGUUCUCUGGGAAACCCACAUGGUUCUCCAAAGCUUAUUGUGGGUUCCUCAGUGAGAACGUUAGUGAUAGAGGACAUGUCUUACUGGAAGUGGGUUCCCUGCAGGUAGAAAGUUUGAAAAAACAACCCAAAGGAAAUGAACCAGGGGCAGCUUCAUUCAGGUACGGCCAUCACUUGUUGGGUUAUAAGUGGCCAUUUGCAUAGGUAAAGCAGCUGCUACAGCCGGAGCAUUGAAAACAGAAUUUGGGCAAAAGCUGCUCUAAUGUACAAAAUGUGCCUUAAAUAAAUACCUCCUAGCUUCUCAGGGAUCUCGCAAAAGGAUGCAAAUGCAUUCCUGAUUUCCUGUGUCCGUCCAUCUGUGUUUUAAUUCUACUGAUGCUUUUAAACAAAAGCCAUGUGCCAAAACCCAUGCAAAGGAAUCAACAUUUAAGUGUGUUUUUUUAUGUGCCUUUUUAAAAGUCAAACACUGGAAAGAUUUUUUUUUAUUUUUGUAAAUUGCAGAUAAUAAAAAGCUUUCGACUGUUGUGCAAAAAA